AUGAAGGGACGGAAAUGCAAGGCGAUGAUGUGCAGCGUCCCAGGAUCCACGAGUCAAGAGGGCCCGGGGGCGGCCAGGAUGUGCCUGGCUUGCCUGGCCACUCGCCAAGUCGGUCGUCGGUCCUAUUUUCCCUGCGCAUCGCAUCACCUGAAGAAUGACAGCUGCACGUCCAUACGAGCGAGUCGCAGGUGCGCCGACGGAGCGAAACCCUGCCGUGGUCGUCGCGGGCGUCGCAUCUCUCUGUGCGGCCGACAGGGCAGGGAUCUUGGUCGGCCGGCGAACACGGCCAGUGUCCAACAGCAUCGCAGUCGGCCGACAGACGAGCUGCUGCCCCGGUGCGCGCGCGCGCAGGCGACAUGGGGAUGCGUCGAGAGAUCUGGAGGGGAUCCCGUUCCCCUGGCUCGCGUCAACGGCGGCGCCCAAUGGCGGUUCGCAGGGUCUCCAACAUCUCAUGGUCAAGCCCACAGGGUAGAUCUGUGGGACCAGCCGCCGUUGCUUCCCCCCAAACCGCCCAGGGGUUGGCCCCCCUCAACCCCUCCAAACCCGCUGGCCGAGAGGGGGGAAUGGGGACACCAAAAGCUUCGAAAGGUGAUCCAGAAGCUUUUCUCGCCCUGGAGGCGGUGGAGUCGGCUUCCCGUGAGGAGACGCAGAUUUGGAGAAAAAGAUGGGCUGCUGCGCAGCCAUGGCCAGGACAGGACAGGACGGAGGAGACGACAGCUGUCAGCGGCACGGGAGCCCCAGCGACGGUGGUCCAACGCAGCAACCUUGAACACCGUCGACCAUCAUGCGUCCUUGCUCCCUUGCGCCGUCACUUCCGACGACAAGUCGCUGGGCGGCAAUCCCUCCGCAGCACCGCCGCGGCUCCCCCUCGCCGCUGGUCGGACCGUGGCCGAGCCAGCUGGACCAGCAGUCGGCGCUGGCGGAAGAGUAGGCGGAAGAGCAGGCAGCGGGCGAGGGAACCCUGCCGCCUUUCAGGUUGACGACGGCGAAGUACCCCGUACUUCGAGCAAGGCCGUUGCGAGAGCGCGCGUCAGUGGCCUUUGGGGGGAGGAGAGCACGGUAUCCGCGGCCGACAGGCUCUGCCUCGAGCACCUAGGGAGUGAACUGGGUGAGUGA